AGUCUUCUUAAGUCUCAUCAAUAUGUCUCAUAUAAACUCAAAUUUGGCAACACGGUCAAAUUGGAUAUGGGAAAAAAUGGCGUCUACGCCAGAGCAAGUCGUUUGUACGCCAACAUUUGUGUUUCCUACAGGAUUUCCUGUUAAUGGUUUUCAGCUGUGGAAGGAAGAAACAAAAGGAGAUGUUUUGACAUUUUGCAAUACUUCAAACCCUUGGGCUGAUUAUGGCAUGAGAGGUUUUGAUCAUCGUUCUCCAUUCAAUAUUCAUGUUGCUGCUCAAUCUCAGCCUCUUCAUCAUCCUGAAGAUUCCUCGAAAGUUAAAGGAGCUAAUAGAGGAGGAAUAAAAAACCACAUUAAUCAGAAUGAUUUUACAGCUACUAGAAAUUUGCUUGUUGCUGCAGCCUCCGCUCCACCAGCUUUUCCUGGUAUUGAAGCUAGUUUGAAAAUGCCAAAUCCUAGUUUGGAUAAGCAGCCACCUCAGCAGCAGCAACAACCCCAAACUCAUCACCAACAACAGCAGGUCCAACAGCAGCAAACUCAACAGCAACAACAACAGCAGCAGCAACAACAACAGCAGCAGCAACAACAACAACAGCAACAACAAUCCCAAAAUCAGCAGCAACCUCACCCUCAACAUCAUCAACCGCAUGAGGAAAAUCCUCUUGGGGAGAAGGAACGUCAAUGGCCUUGUCCGUCUUGUAAAGUUCCUUUCAAGCAAGCCUCUGAAUUGCAAGCCCAUUUGUCUGCUCACACGAAGACUGAAAAAACAGUUCCCUGUGACAUUUGCGGAAAGUAUUUUGCCUCUGGUGAUCGUGUUAGGAUUCAUGUGAAAGCAGCUCAUGGUGAAAAGUCUUGUUCCUGUGAAAUUUGUGGCAGUGGAUUUAGUUAUCGUUGUAAACUCCUAGAUCAUAUGAGAACCCACACUGGAGAUAAACCUUUUCAUUGUGAAGUUUGUGGCAAAAGCUUCUCCCAAAAGAACCACCUAACCCGUCAUUCCAUGAUACAUACAGGCGAACGUCCAUUUCCGUGUGAUUUUUGUGGUAGAGGAUUUUACAGAAAGGAUAAGUUAACUAGGCACAGAAGAAUUCAUACAGAUCACUUGAGAAACCACAUGAUAGCCAAACCUUUCCAUUGUGAGGUUUGUGGCAAGAGCUUCUCUCAAAGAAAUCACCUUACCCGUCAUUCCAUGAUACAUACAGGUGAACGUCCAUUUCCAUGCGAAUUUUGUGGCAAGGGCUUCAAUAGGAAAGAUAAAUUAACGAAACAUAGGAGAAUUCAUACAGGAGAAAGAGUGACUGGACAACCUAGGAGACGAGCUGCUGGCCAGUUUAAUACUAAAAUAUCUCCUGGUGCCCCACGUCAUGCUCGAGACAUUGGUCAUUUAGCAGCUACACCUGGUCAGAGUACAGCUUCACCUGCAAAUGCACCUUUGAUGUUAUUAAAACCACCCAAUAGUGUUGCUAACCCAAGUAAUGCUGUGAAAAUGGAACAACAACCACCACCAAUGCCAGAAUCUAUUCCUAGCAGUACUUCAACUACUACUAAUUUAACUUUUGCUCCACCCACCCUAACUCCUACUCUAACUCCAUCGAUUAGCCCAAGCCAUUAUAGAAAUUCACCCUAUAAAGCUGAUUGGCAGACUCCACCAUCUGGUGUUCAUUAGUAUGAUUUGUAAAAUAAUUUCAUUAUUCUUAUAAUAUUAUAAUACUUCCUUCAUCUGUUACAAAAAUGUGCCAGCUAUUAGACUUUGUGAUUUUGUUUUAGUAUAAUUGGUAUUUUUUUAAUUUGAUAUAUUGAAAAUUGUUGAAACUUUAUUAAGGGUUUUUUCAAAUAUUACGUAAAUAUGGUUUGGCCACUUUUAGACACCUUUUCCCUCCUUAUCAGCAAAGAAAUACAAAUAAAAAUACCUUACUGCAAAAAAGUUGCAAGUCAAAGUCUCUUGCUUUGACUUUUACAAUAGUAGUCCAAUUUUAUAAAUUUUAGGAUAAAAUUCAACUUCAUGAUUCAUUUUAUUUUAUGAAAAAUAUUUGUUUUAUUUUGUGUUUUUGUACUGUGGUCAAAACUUAUUUCUUUAAUAGUACUUGGAAGACAUUUUUUAAAAUGUAUUCUAUUCUAAAUUAGCCUUUUAUUUGAAGUUUUUCUAAGUGUAAUUAUAUUCAAAACUUUUUUGUUAAAUUUUUUGCAUUAAAAAAAUAAUAGAAAUAAGAUUAUUUUAUUGUCUUAUGCUAUUGUCAGCUAAAAUAAGUUAACUAUUCUUACUCCACCCUUUAGAUGUUAACGUAAUAUUUGAAGAGCCCCUAUUUGCUAAUUAAGUUGAUUUUAUUUUGUUGAUGAUUUUAAAGGCUGCUAAUCUAAUUCUAGCAAUGUAAAUAAAAUUGUAUUACUACAAAAUUUGAACUAUAUUAAUUCUUUUGUAUUUGCUCAAUGUAUAGUUAAUGAUUUUUGUAAUGUUUUUCUCUGUUGCCCUGCCACCUCUCAGAAUUUGGGUUGUAUUUUUUAAGUUUCGAUUAGCUUUAAAUGCUAAGUGGAAUUUAUCUCUACUAUAAAUACAUUCUUAUUUUAUUUGAAACUAUCUAUUAUAUUUUCUGUAGCAUUGACAGUCACUGAAUCACAGUGACUAAAAGAUAUUAUUAGUUAAUAAUACAUUAUUCUGUUUUCAUUGUUCCGUUUACAUGUCUUUUAAAUUUUUUUAAAAAACAAUGCUAAUAAGGUAGAUUUAAAUGAAAAAUUACUAUAUAGAGAAUAUGUAAUGUUCACAAUUAUAAUAUAUGCUAUUUUAUAACUAAAACAGCUUUUCAUUGAACGUUGGUCCAGGAGGCCACUGACCCAAGUCGAAUUUUAGUGGUCCUGAAUCACCAUAAAUUUCUGUUAAUUUGAAAAUAUUAUAUAUAUAUUCUAAUCUUUUUAGCAGAUUAUCUCUUUAUAUAAUCAAUACAUAAGUUUGCUUUUCUAACCUUUAAAAUUGUAUGAAAAUGAAGGCUCAACAACACUGGUAAUAAAAUCAGACUUUCAUUGAUCAAAAAAUAAUAUUCUCUACUAUAAAUAACUACUUAAAUUCACCCUUUUCAAAAACUAUAAUGUUAUAAAUAAUUAAUUUAUAGUAAUAGGUAUAUACAAUAAUUUUUUUUAAAUAUUUAUAGACAAUUUUAUUAAAGGAAGUGCUACAUAGCAUCUUUUCUGAAAAUGAAUGUCUUAUCCAAGGUGAACAACCUGAAAUGUUUUUAAUUUGAGAAAUUUUCAUCUUUUAUUUUUUUCCAGUGGUCGACUUAUACUCACAACAUGCCAGAAAUGUGCAAUCUUGUAAUAAAAAAUAUGGGUAAAAACAGUACUAAAGAUAUUUCAAGGGUAUGUUAUACAGAAUGUAAUUAAGAAAAUAAUAAACAAUAUUGCAUUAUAAAAUUACGUAAUUUAAAUUUGUAGAAAUUUAUCUAAGUUGAUGUUAUAAAAAUUGUAUUUUUUUUUGAGGUUGGCAGGUGUUUGUUUGUAAGUGAAUUGUAAUAUUAAAAGUAUUGCCUAUGAUAAAGUUUUGAAUCAGCUCAAAAUUGAUAAACAAUAUCGAUUCUAUAGUCAUUUGGUACUAUAAUUUAACAAUUUAGGUAUGUUGAACAAAUAUUUAAUUAUUCAACUUUUCUGGAAAUAUUUUUUUCUUUGACUUUACAUUCAGAGCUAGCAGCUUUUUAAUUUUAAAAAUAUGUGCAUUAAGUAUUUUACAAAUACUGAACGAUUUAUUCACAAUAUUUUAAUGCCUUAAUAUCAUAUGCAGCAAUGAGGUCAUGAUAGUCUGAGUUAAUUGGAGCUGAUGCUAAUUAUGAAUAAGGGAGUUUUUUUUAUUUAUCACAAAGUGAAUAAGAUGCUUAGGAACAAUUAUUAUUAAAUAUGGUAAUAAACUUUAAUGUGAAAAACAUGUUUUUGCUGAAUUACAAUCAUGUAUUAGAGAGUAUUAAUAUGUGUAUCAUACAUAAAUUAUAAUUGCAAUGAUUAACUUGUUUUCUUUUACAUAAGACAUUCUUCAUUUCAAUUAUGAUACUCAGGACUUAAAGAAUUAUAACUUGGUUUCUGAAUUAAAAGUUAAUAUUUCGGGAUAGAAAAAUUAAACAUUAUAGUUAAACUCAGAUUAUUGAGGCGUCUGUCAUGUAAAAUGAAAAAUUAGGUAUAAUGUAGAAAAAAUUAAGACUGUAAUACAAGAUUCUUUUUCUUGAAUUUGAAAAAUUCUUUAAUUUAGGUUUUAAUUAAUAUUUUUUAUAUUGAAUCAUUUUGUCUUUAUAUUCAUGUUUUUCAGUCUAGUAUAAUGUGUUUUAUUUAAUUUUUGAAAUAAGUAAUUAAAAUCAUAAGAUAAAUAGCAUGUAUGUAUUACCUACUUCUGGAAUUUAUAAAUCUGUAUAGAAGGAAAUUGUAUAUAAUGAAUUUAAAAAUCUUAAAAUUUUGUUUUGUAAUAUUUUUGUACUUGUGAUGUGAUCUUAGCCUUAUAAAGUACAAAGUAUUUAUCAGUUCAUAGAAUGCCCACUACUUAAAACUUUCAAUCAAUCUUCCUUCUCAAUUUUUGUCAUGACUAAACUGAGUUCAAUUUGUAUUUAUCGUUAUUGUAAUCAAGUAUUUGUUUAAUAACCAAAUGGCAAGACUUUAGGGCUAUAUCAGCACAUUUUUAUUGUUUUUAAAAAUAUAGCCACUGCCUUGCUACUUCUUGGCUGUAUACUCUCACCAUUUUUGUACAUAAAAAACUUCAUUAGCUUGUUAUACUUUCUUGUAAACAACAGCAGUAUUGCUUACAGUAAUGAUUUUGAAUGUUCCCAACUUCAUUUGUACUUUAGUUCUCUUCGAAUUAUGCCAUAAUUGCAUUUUUAUUUAAUUUUUUCAUACAUAGUUCAGGUGCCAAUGUUUUGUUCUUUAUUGUAUAUAUAAGCAUUUACAUUUGUUUGCUGUAAAGGGAAAAAAAAGGCAAGCUGAAUUAUAAAGCUCUGUAUGUGUUAGUUGUACUUUUUUUUAAUUAUUUUUGUCUGGGUAGUUAUGACGUGCCAUUAUAUUACAAGGAGACAUUUUUUAAUGUAGCCUGAUAUUUUUGUAACAAUUGUAGAUCAGUAUUCUUUAUUCAAAGAAAAAUGUCUCCUAAUCGAAAAUUAUCACUCACGUAACGAUAUAGUGAUACAUUUUUACUAUUUUGUUUUGCUCAUUUUUUAGUAUAUACUACCAAGUUAUGUGUAUUCUAUUGUUUUACUCUUUUAUUGCUAUUUUAGAUUUCAUAAAUAAAUUGAUGACAUACACAA